AUGGAAAGUGCUAAGAAGAUCCUGAAGAUCACCAGGAAGCUGAGGGAGGAGUUCAACACCAUUGAGGAAUCUCUAAAGAAGCUAUCCCGAAUUAAAUCCAUCAUAGAGAAGAAAAACAGGACCCGCGAUGAGAAGGAUGAGCUGAUUGAUCAUGCAAUUAAAAACACUCAGGACCCGGUGGUUCAACAGUGGUUGAGAGAAAACGCAGAGUCUGAGGUCUUUUUCCAACUGGUAAAUCUUGCAUGCUUCAUCCAAGAUAAGCUGAAUGAGGAGGCGAACAAGGAGGAGGAGGAGGAGGAGGAUCGGAAGAGGAAGAAGAUUGAGCUGGUCUUCUUGGCUCAUGGGGAGAUUGGGAACUUGAUGAUUCCUGCCAGAUGUCUGCUGCCUCUGACGUCCAUCACAGAUGUCCUGCUGUAUUCUCCCUGGAACUGCCUCCUGUCAACUGAAGCAGCCUACAGCAUCGCUGCAGGAAGCAUCGAGCCUCACCACCGGCGCUUUGGUUGCACCAGCCAAACCCAGUGCCCUUUUCCUCCUAAAGCCCACACAACACUCAGCCUGCCCUGUAACUGGAACUCCAUGAAGAGCACUGGAUCUCAUCUGGUCCCCAACAUCAUGGUUAGUCCUGUAGGAGAAAAAGGAGACAAGGCGUUUGCAGAGUUCACUGAUCUAGCAGCGCAUUUUGGUGCACCUGCAGAUAACCGGUAUCUCAUCCCGUACCUCGCCCGCAACAUCAGCAAAGUGCCCUUCUUUGCCGUGAUGUUGGCCAUAUCUCUGGUGCUCUUUUUCUCAGGGUAUAAAGCCACUGUCCACCUGGUUGCCUGUCUGGGCAGGUCACCCAAAUACGCCAUAAUGCAGGAGGAGUAUCUGAAGCAGCAGUACGCCUACACUGUGGACAACACCGGCAUGACCGUUCCAAGAGAAACAAUCCCCUCUAUAUACGCCCCAGUGUUUAACAUGUUCAAGACCGUUUUUGGUGAUGUGUCUCCACUUUUUAAUGGCUAAUCCAGACCUGGAGAACAUGCAGGUCUGACUGAUUUCAUGCCAAGGGCCUGGAGAGUAGAGGGUCAAUAAUUUCAAAAAGACCCUGGAACCCCCUUCAUGUGGCAGAAGAUGCCAUAAGACUCAGCAACAUUUUGUUGAAUUGUGUCACGCAGAAUUGUUUAUGAGUGCUAACACUGUAAGGACCAGGGAUGUGCAUAGACCGUUGGAGGGGCAGGUGCUCAAACUUAAAAGAGGGCACAUGGAGCACGGAUUUAAAACACGAUACAAAAACAUACCUUGCUAUACCACCAGUUGAAAUGUACCAGCCCAAACUGUAAAGAAUGUAAC